AGCUUAUGUUUGUGACGAUUAGAGGCGCAGGUCAUGAAGUCAGUUUUUGGCCUUAUAAUACCUUAUGCACAAAUCGGAGUCCAUGAUCAUUCUAUAUAUUUUGUUUGAAUGCCAAUUAGGGUUUCGAUUGGGAAGGAUGUUCAAGCCGACUUAUUUUGUGGAAUUCUCGGAAGAUAUUAUCUCUAAGGAUCUGAAAGAAGUCUGGGAGAAAGAGGUGGAAUCAGUCUUUGCAUUUCAUCGCCUGACCUGCAGAAUGGAUGAGGAUGAGUGUAAAAUGGUCCUAGAAACAGGUAACUGUGAGGGCGGAGAUAUCGUCUCAAAGGCUAGGCGUGCUCUCAAUGCUCUCGCUUGUGGUCUGAGCGCACAAUGGGUUAAACCAAUACUGCACGGACAAAUCUAUUGUGAUAUGAUACAGAUAAGAAAACCAGAAGGGAUGACUGAGGAACAAUUAUCAAGCAAUUAUGAUGAUUUCAUCAAGAACUUGAUUGAAAAAUAUAUAACGGUUGUGGCUACUUCAUUUCAAGCAACAAGCGCAGUGAAGUCCCUUGUUCAAGAUACCCUUUCCGGCACUAUCCCUUUUAAAGAUAAUGUUGGGAAGCUAAUAAGAUAUAUAGAAGAAUAUGAUCCGGAGGAAGAAGUUUUAACAAAUAAUCUAGACUUGUUCUGCACUCUGCUUGAUGGAAUUAGUGACGAUGCCAUGUGCGAAAAUGAAGAAACUCACAUAAUGGCAGACUUACAGAAUAGCAGACUGAAGGCACUGAAAGUGUAA